AUGGCUACGAACAUUACAUGGCACCCGUCGCUUUCCCGCCAUGAGCGUAAUCAGCUGCGUCGCCAGCGUGGCUUCACCAUUUGGCUGACUGGCCUCUCUGCCUCGGGCAAGUCGACCGUGGCGACCGCUUUGGAGCAACAUCUCCUGCACCUGGGCCUUGCUGCCUACCGUUUGGAUGGCGACAACGUUCGUUUUGGCCUCAACAAAGAUCUGGGAUUUUCUGAGAAGGACCGGAACGAGAACAUUCGUCGUAUCGCAGAGGUUGCUAAGCUGUUCGCUGACUCCUCGACAAUCGCCAUCACUUCCUUCAUUUCUCCGUACCGAGCAGACCGUCAGGUUGCCCGCGAGCUGCACACCCAAGCGAGCCAAAGCGACGACGACGCUAUCCCUUUCAUCGAAAUCUUCGUCGACGUCCCAAUCGAGGUGGCAGAGCAACGUGAUCCUAAGGGGCUUUACAAGAAGGCCAGAGCAGGCGAGAUCAAGGACUUCACUGGCAUCUCUGCGCCGUAUGAAGAGCCUGAAAACCCCGAAAUCCGCAUCAGGACCGACAAGUCGAGCGUGGAGGAGUGCGUCGCGCAGAUUGCCGAGUGGUUGAUCAAGGAGGGCCUCAUUUCAUCCACCAAAGCAGCUUAA